AUGGCUAAGGGAAAGGUGAAGGUUGAUGGUGAUGAGAAACAGAGGACUAUUUCUUGGGCUGAUGAUCAGACCAAGUUUAUGUUAGAUUGGUGCAUUGAAUACAUGAAGGAACAACAUGCAGGAUUUAGGUUCAGGAAGCAUCAUCUUAUGAAGUGUGCUGAUGCUUUAAAUAGAAAAUUUGCUAUGGGGGUGAAACUUUCUCAAGUUGAUCGUCACUUCAGGCACUACAAAGAAAAUUGGAAGUACAUUGCCGCAGCAAUCAGCAAGAGUGGCAAUGUUUUUGAUGCUAUUAGAUGUGUGGUAACCAUUUCCGAGUCAGAAAAGUCUUGCCUCAAUGAUAGAGCAAGGCGCUUGCUUUCCAAGCCUAUCAAGUUUUACUAUGAGAUGCAGGAGUUAUUCACAGGCACUAGUGCUGAUGGUUCUUUGGCCAUGGACCAGCAUACAUGCACAAUUGAUUCUGAUGACUUGGACAGUGAUGAAGGGUUGUAUGACCUUAACAGCUAUCCACAAUAUGAGGGGCCACUUGAGGAGGAUUCUGGUACUUUGCCAACAACAUAUGUUCCUAAAAGGCCUCCAAUUCCUGUAGGUGGUGAUAAUUCCUCAUCUAGCACUAGUCGUGUUGGUACGAAGCGCCCAAGAGGUAGCAGGUCACCUAAGAAGCCAUCAAAAACCAAGAGUCGUUUCGUGGAGUCCGCUGAGGAAAUCAACUCCACAUUGAGGUCACUCCAGCAAUCACUUAUUGCCGCUGCUCCUCCCCAAAUGCCCCAAGUUGUUGACCCUUAUGCUAGUUUAUGGCAGAGGUUGGAGGUACUCCCAAUUACCACUGAUCAGAGAAUUGCUGUUGGUGUGCACUUAUCUUCCAAGGACAAUGAAGAGAUGGGCCGUGGCCUCACGGGUGUAUACAUGUUGCUCAUGCAACCACCGUAUACUGAACGUACAUUCUUUGUCCAGUAUAUCACGAGGUAUGAAUUUGGGAAUCAUAGAGCUUCGACCAAGGUGGAGAAACAACUGAUCGUGUCCGCGUAUCACCAAGACAUCCGUUAG